AUGCACUUCUGUAACAAGUCAUUUGCGGUACUGCUUGAAAAGUAUGGUGUUGAUCAUCGGGUGGCCACUCCAUAUCACCCUCAAACUAGUGGUCAGGUGGAAGUCUCCAAGGGGGAGAUAAAGAGCAUCUUGGCCAAGACAGUCAAUGUAAACAGAACCUACUGGGCUCGAAAACUUGAUAAUGCUCUUAGGGCGUACAGAAAAGCAUUUAAAAUGCCUAUAGGGACUUCUCCUUAUAGGCUGGUUUUUGGCAAGGCGUGCCAUCUGCCGGUAGAACUUGAGCACAAGGCCUUAUGGUCCGGACCUUUCGAAGUGGUGAGUGUUUCACCCAAUGGCUCAAUGGAAUUGAAGUCCAUGGAUGGGACUCGAACAUUUAGGGUGAAUGGCCAGAGGGUGAAGUACUACCAUUUGUUCAUUGAUGGUGACCGCAUUGUGGACAAACACUGGUUGAAGCAUGGUUACACUCCCAAUCCUGAAUAG